UGGAGCAACAUUCGUUCAGCAACGAGCAACCAACAACAAGUCGAAAGCUUGAAAGCGAAAACCAAAAUAAACUGAAAACAAAUUUUUAACGGUCACAAAGUGAAAAAGUUUAAAAAAAAAUUUCUAUAUUAAAUUGAAAAUCUGUGUUUGUGAAAUAUAGCAAUCAAAACUUACAACAAUGAGCAAUAUUGUGAAGCAGAGUUGCCGCUUAUGCCAGACAGCGGGCAAGCAAAUCAAUUUUUUUCCCAAUCCCUGGAAGACAGCCGCUCCAGCCUUCUCCACAUCGUGCACAUGCAAUCAGACAAAUGCCGCUCAUAAACCGGAAAGCCCUGCUAUGGUAUUUUCAAGAAAAUUUCUUUCGAAAGUCUCUUUGAAAAAAAUUACGGGACGGCCCGUGCCACAAGAGGACCCCUGGAAACCAUGGCCAAAUAGCGUGAACCCACACACAGGUGAAAUUGGCGGUCCAGCUGGGCCCGAACCAACACGUUACGGCGAUUGGGAACGCAGAGGUCGCGUCUCAGAUUUCUAGUCCAAAGCAUACUGUUUUCUAUCUAGCAUUUAAGCAUUUGUAAGAUACAAAAUAUUACCCAGAUAUUUACGCGCAUAUUGUGUUGAAGCAAUAUUUAGUUAGUAAACAAUUUAGACUGAAUAAGUGUGUUAAUUUAUAUUCUAAUAAAUUACCAAAAUAUUUUAUGUAAAAAGAAUCAAAACAAAAA